AUGGAUACUAUCGACAAGUACAAUACCAAGUGGGUCCAAUUCCACAUUCGGGACCAUAUCAAAGAUGGCCAGAUCCUAGUUCAGAACACCGUCAUUGAAGGCGGCGAAUUUGCCGACCCCAACGACCGCCGCAAGUCCCUUACCGAAGACGAGAUCGACGAGAUCAAGAUCUCCGGCGACGGCAUUGGCGAGUUCGGCGCUAGAAGCCGGCGCGGCAGUGAGGGCCGUCUAGACUUAUUUCAUGACGAUGAGAAGAUCUGCGAGCUCCACUGGGAAAACCGUGGGGGAGAGCACGAGAAUUUGGUGGAGGUGCUGGACAAGAACAACAGAUACAAGAUCAACCAUUGUGGAUGGAGUUCCGAGCCCGGCCCCCUGGGACAUGUCUUUAUCGAUGUUGAGGAGAAGAAGGAAUAG